AUGGCGGAGGCUAGUGAUGCUAAGCCCGAGGUGGCAGCACCAGCAGAGCCCCUGGAGGCCUCAGAGGAAGUAUCAGAGGCAUUGCUAUCCCAUGAGAAGCUUCCCUUAGAGCUACCUGGCGACAAUGGUGCCACAUCCUCCCAGGCGGAGGGUGGACGCCCCACACAGGGGACUCCAUCUAUGAUGGCGUCACUGCCAAGCCCAGGCAAUGCUUCUCGGCAGCCUGCAGGUCCUCCAGGGCAGAUGACCACGCCAGGCACUUCUGGCGUCAGCGGCAAAUGGCGAGGCCCGUCUGUGCGGGCGUCCCCUAUGAGCGCCACCACUCAGGGGCCACGCGUGCCGCCGCAGGACCCCGCCAUCUUCACUGUCACCGACCGAAAGGUGCGAGUGAGGGAGCACGAGAAGAACACGCCUCUGUACGUCCUGUGCAGAAAGUGGGUCCAGAACGAGCCAGACACAGAGCUGAUGCCGCCCAAAGACCGGGCGGAGGAGGUGGCUGCAAAGGAGAGGGAGGCCGCCACAAUCAAGCUGCCACCCAUCCCCCAACCGACAGAAGAGGAAGAGGCGCAGGCCGCGCGGUUGCCUGAGCCGGAGGAGCCUCUGCCGCAGUCCCAGAAAGAGCGUCCCACAAUAGAGGUGCUGAAGCGGCAGCACCAGGAUCACUGGCUGGGCGUGCGCAUGCACAACAGCGAGAAGUUCACGCUCAAGAUGCGGCGCUUCCGCAGCCGCCUCAACACUCUCCUGACGCUGUCCGCCCCUCCCGCCGAAGCAGCCUGA